AUGAUUACAUUGCCUACAUCCAAUCGGCAUUGGAUUACAACAGGAAUAACAACCAUCCAAGGUUCUUUAGCUUUGAUUUCUCAUCGUCGUGAAUUUAAUGAAAGAUGGAUUUGGGUAUGGAGAGAUGCUUCUUGGUCUGUGGUUUUUAAAAUGAAUACAGAUGAACUUUAUGUUCUUGGAGCUUUGCAAUUGCAACCGCAAUCGACCAACAAUGGUGAUUUGUUGCUAAAUACUCAUUCUCAUGGGCUCCAAGUUUAUAAUCUCAAGACGGGGGUGCCAUCAAGAGUUGGCGACUUCAAUGCUGCUUCAAGCUUACGUAUGUUUUUUCGGUGUGUCGAAACCCUUCAUUUGUUAGACAUGGGGGAGACUAUUGGUGAAACGGAAGAACUACGAAAAAAAUAA